CCGCCUAAGCGUCCGUUCCAGCGGCAGACCCAUGGAUCCGUCCCGCCUAGAGUCCCACCCCACAGGCGGAGAGUCUGACCCCUCAGGCCUAGAUUUCGACUGUACUGGCCAAGAUUAUUUCUCCACUGGCCACCGGUUCGACUCGCUCUACCAAGAAUUGGACCUAGACUCUCUUAACGAAGAUCCUUCUUCUCAGCCCAUGCCAGGCGCCAUGACAGAGACCUCUAAGGGCACAUAUUAAUCCCACCCGACUGCCCAACCAGGGCAUCUCACAGAGGCCGAGCAAGAGGAGCUCAUAUCCGCGCUCACUCAUUUGGAGGCGGAAAUUGUCACCCUUCGCCACGCUCUGGCAGCCAAACAGAGACGCUACGUGGAGCUCAGGAGGAAGCUGGGCCUAACGGCCUUGGUGGGGCUGAGGCAGAAUCUGUCCAAGAGCUGGCACGACGUUCAGGUCUCCAACGCCUACAUGAAACAAAAGACGUCAGCUGCCCUGUUCACCAUGGGCUCUGCCAUCUGCAGGAAGCUUGGAGACAUGAAGUCAGCCACGUUCAGAUCCUUUGAAGGUCUGAUGGGGACAACGAAGUCCAGAGUUGCAGGUGGCAGAGAGCUGGGCAGUGACUGCCUUCCUUCUUCAGCAGAGAGUGGGGUUUCUGAGAGUGGGAACGAUCCAGUUCCUGGGAGUGGAGAUGAUCCUGUUCUGGAGAGUGAGGAUGACAUGCUCCCCUUUCUGGAGCCAGAAUGAGCCCCUUGGUAACCUUGCCUGGCCACCUAACCAGUGCAAGAACUCCCUUCCCUCAUCACAGUUACAGUUUUGCCCAUCAAAAACAAGUAGCCAAACCACAAUUGGAAAGUUAAUUCAGGAAAUGGACAGAGUCCGAUCUUGAGAAAAGUAAUGCCCAUCUGUACAUAGAUUUUUGCUGCCAUUGAGAUAGAGAACCCAACGUUUUGUAUCCAGUUAUUUUACACUGAAGUUUCUCCAUGAAAUGUAUCACUAUACUAGCCUUCCUGGGAGUGCAUUUUAAUGGACAGGACAAUGGGUCUGGAGCGUUCUUAGGCAAAGCCCAAACUCUUUUUUGGAAAACUAGUCUAUCAGAAGGCCAAAGUAGAUUUCUGUUUAGAACAGGGAAGAGAUAUAAAAUACUCUGUAAUUUUAUCCCCUCCCAUUUCUUUCCUCUUUCCCUAAAUCUUAGAAGUAACCUUAAAAGCUCCACCUGGACUACGAUGUUUAUUUUAAAAAGACGAUCAAGAGAACUCAUUUUUCUCUUGAGACCCUCAGACAGGGGGAAAAAAUAUUAGACUAAUUGUUACAUAAUACUAUAACUUUUAUAAAACUUGAUUUUAUUUCAAAGCUUCUGAUUAAGCAAAGUAACUUUAGCUUCAAUUUAGGAGAUUGUUUACUUUGGACUCAAGCUGAAAUUGCAACUUUACUUUGCCUUGUGCUUUGUGUGUAAUCUUUUUAUGUAUCAAAAUGAGGGUUUUCAAGUUUAACCCUUGUGGCAGCAUGUCUCUGCCACAGCAGCAUGCCACCUAAAAGGAAGAACAUUAAUUCUCUGUUCUGCUGCAAUUCCUAUUUACCACCUCCAGCUGAGGGGCUGAAGGGAAAACAGCAUAGCCAAAUUCAAGAAAGAUAAACCUCUGUCUUAGGCAACAUUUAAAACAGAUUGCCUAUCCCCUGUAAUGCUGGUUGUCAUGCCUUUGAAUGGACCUAACUAAUUAUAUAUCACUGGUCACCUUGACUCCAAGUCUGUCCUUGUUUAUAGUUAACUCCAAGUGAGAAGGAAACAGAACCCAACCCUCAGGGGAUGUCAGCUUAAUAGG